AUUAUAUCCCUACAAAUAUUCGAACACCUGUUACAUACGUAUUAAAUAAUUUAAAGACAAAUUGAUGUUUUACAUAAAUAACAAGUAGAUAAGUAACCGAAGAAGUAGUAUAAAAUAUGUAGAGGUACAAUAAACAAUGUCUGCAUUAAAAAAAGUAUUUAUUGGUUCGUUCAUUCAUACUAAUGAACAGGGAGAAUUGAUUGUAGUUGAUCAUGGUGCAAUCUUUGUUGAAAAUGGAAAGAUUAGUAACAUAAUAAUAAAUUCAACACCAACUGACAUUGAAGAUGAAAAUGUGAUUGUCCUCUCCAGUAAUCAGUUUCUUAUACCAGGAUUUAUUGACUGUCAUAUUCAUGCUGCUCAACUUCCCAAUAUAGGAAUUGGAUAUGAUAAAGAGCUUUUAGAAUGGCUAGAAACUUACACAUUUCCAUUAGAAAGAAAAUAUACAGAUGAAGAUUUUGCUCAACGGGUAUUUCACAAAGUUGUGGAACAAACUAUAAUGCAAGGUACAACGACAGCAUGUUAUUUUGCAUCACUUUAUACGAAAGCAUCUGUAAUACUUGGACAACAAGUUAUAAAACUAGGACAGCGUGCUCUUAUUGGAAAAAUAAGUAUGAAUGAAAAUCGCAGUGAUGGUUAUUAUGAAAAUACAGAAGACUCUAUAAAAAAUAUCAAUAAAUUUAUAGAAGAAAUUAAUAAAUUAAAUAGUCCUCUUGUAAAACCAAUUAUAACACCAAGAUUCGCACUAAGUUGUGACAUGACAUUAAUGAAACAAUUAGGAAAAUUAACAAAAGAAAAAAAUCUUCAUGUGCAGAGUCAUGUAUCAGAGAAUUUAAAUGAAAUAACAGCAGUAAAAAAUAAAUUUCCUGAAUAUUCUUCAUACUCAGCUGUAUAUGAUGCAGCUGGACUUCUUACUAAUAAGACAGUAUUAGCUCAUGGAAUUUACCUCUCAGAUGACGAAAUUGCAUUAUUGAAAAAGCGAGGUACAGCAGUUAUUCAUUGCCCUUCAUCAAAUACUUGUUUGAAAAGUGGUUUCUGUGAUGUUAGAAAGUUAAAAAAUAUAGGAGUGAAACUUGGUCUUGGAACUGAUGUUGCAGGAGGACAAAGUAGUAGCAUUUUAGAUACAAUGAAAUUAGCAUUACAUCUAUCACAACUUUUGCAUCUUAGUAGGAAUAACUAUAAGGCACUUAAUUAUAUAGACGUAUUUCAUAUGGCUACAUUAGGAGGUGCAACUGCACUUGCAAUGGAAAAUGAAAUAGGAAGUUUUGAGAUUAUAGGACCUGCAGAGUUGUGUGACAAAAUUACUGAAGGAUUACAUCAAAGUGCAAAAGCAAGAAACUGGCAUAUUUCAGUACAUCAGUGUGAAAUUCUUACUCAAAUUCUAGAAUUAAAUUUUAAUCUUGAAGUGGAUUUCAUUAUUUUUGCUUUUGAUUGGGGAAUUGCUCAAUCCGUAUCUGAAGUAGAAACAAACAUAGGUCUUAUAGAUGAAUAUUAUAUAAUUUCUGGAGCUGCAUGCCUAGUAAACUGUAAAGGUAUCUCCAAUGUUAUGGGAUUGAGUUGUCAUAUGUCAACAAAAAUACGAGAAAAAUAUAAUAUUCGACUUUUGUGUGCCAAUAUUUUUAAGCCAGAUGGUUCUGUUCAAUUAGCUAACAGAAUAUUGAAUUUAAUAGAAAGUCUAUUUGGUAUAACAAGUGGGAUUCCUGUUAACGGACUAGUAAUACAUUAAUUAAAAAAAUUUAACUGUAC